AUGGCCAAUGAGGUAAAUUCGCCCGAUUCGCCGGGGCACUUGUGGUCCUUGCCGGUGCUGUUGCAGGCAGCUGCACGGGGCAAGCCUUCUGGCUGUGAGGAUGAGCUCAAUACUGACAACGAGCAAGAGUUGUUACAGAAAGGAAGGCGUGCAGCUAAGGAGCCCCGGGUCACCUGCCAGGCGAAGGAGCUUAACACAGACAAUGAGGCCGAGCUGCUUCGCAGAGUGCAGACUGUGCCAAAAGAGGAAGCCUGCUACAAGGAAGUCGUUCAGAAGAAUCCUUCUGAGUCACUUGGGCAAUUGGUGCACUUUGCCGAGGGCCUUUGCAGGCAUCCGCCUGUUAUCGGACGAAGCCAUGAGAGACUGGGAAGUGUUCUCAGUCCUCCUGUCUUGGAGCCCACCACCAUUGAAGCCGCAGAGGCUAGUGCAGAAGAAAGUGCAAGUGUGAGUGGAGAAAGUGCCAAGGGCCAGAGCAUCGGAGACCCAGAAGUGGGUUGUGCAAAUCAUGAACCAGAUCAAUGCAAAGGCAAUGAUAUGGAGGGUGCAGAGGCCAGCAAUGCAAGCGGCAAUGCUGCAAGCCCCAUCAAUGAGGCAAGAGGGAAGUUCAUCUCGCAAAUGGCACGGGGAGACCUUUCAAAAGAGGUUCCACCAUUUCCGGCACUGAGCCCUGACCAAGCCAAGUUCACCAAUGAAGCUGGCGUGGAAGGCUAUAGCGAGACAGUGUCUGAAAUUUCCGGAAAUCAUUCUCUUGACCUUUGCUUCUUGCGCCGAGCUGAUUGCCGCUUCACUCAGGCAGGAGCUGCUUGGUUUUGUGGCAUGCGAGCAGGCUACAUAGACUUUGAGUGCUAUACUGCGGAAGUUUGUGGGAGGGAACGCAGCUUUUUACAACAGAUAUUCGAAGCUGUGGAUGACAGCAUCGAUGCGGUGUGGAAUGCACGGGGUGCCCGCGAACGAGAGCGUGCCUCUGAUGACUUUCCACUGUUGCUGGCAAACCUCAGCACUCACCUUCGAAUCUACCACUUCCAGCUGAAAGAGAAAGGAUGUAUUGACACUUUAGAUGGACGUGCUGUGAUUUUAGAACUGUUGAGCCGCCUGGUGGAGGUCCUAGACACCCUGGCCCCACUUGAGGGGGGUCAUGCAGCCACCGCCGUCCCUUGCCUGCGUGAGCUGGCCUGUGACGCGCUCAACGAGGCUCUUGGAUCUCGUGGCUUUUUGCCGCUGUGCAUUUCCUACAUCACAGAGAGCACAAUGGAUAUCUUCGGAAGAGAUCUUGCACUGGAGCUCUCAAUGCAUGCCUUGAUGGGCUACGAGUGCGUGCUGAGCGUGGCAGCUGACCUCAUCACUCAGUUUGAGGAAGAGCCUUGGGACUUCCUUGGCUUGGAACGCUUGGCCUUGGCGAUGGACAUUCUUCGCAUAGGGAUGAGGUCUAAUGCAGGCAUCGACCAUGUUUGUGCACAAUCGGAUGCUUCGGAGGCGCCAACAGUAGCGCCGCUGGCCUUGAGGGCUUUGCAGACACUUGCCUUUACGGCCUUGGAGGAUCGGGAGAGCAAAGCUGCUCUAGCCGCUCUCCCGGCUGCUGUGCGGAUCAUGGGCGCCUUGAUACAUGUCACGCCCAUCGCCAGGGCAAUGAACCUAGGGUUUGUUGUCCAAGCGCUGAGGCAAGCCCUUCAAUGUCGGCCUUUAUCGCUCCCACUUGCUGUCGCCUUUCGCGACUUGGUGCUCCGUGAACGGCCGAGACAUUGGUUCAGCCAAGGGCAGGAGGCCGCACGUGUCCGUGGAGACUUCUACCGUUAUUUGCACAGCGAAAAUGUCUUGAACGAAUUGGCAAUUGCUGCCACUGAUCGGGUUGAAGAGCUGAUGGAUUCACUGCAGAAGAAGCGCCAGGGCGGAACUGGGCCCAACUAUGUGCCAUGCAGAAAUGUGGUGCCGUGUGGCACGAGAGAGAUGGCCGUGGAGUCCCUGGAAGAGGCUGUGAUCAUCGGAGCGUACUACGAUUGUGUUGAGGCUGCAGUCCUUGCAGUCUACGGAAAGACUUCCAGAGUAGAUGCUCAGAAGAGAGCAAGUGUGGAAGUGUGA